UAAUGAAGAAUAUACUGCACAAAUUUUAGUUAUCCUUAAGGUGUUCAAGAAAUUAAGUUGUCAGUCUUUUAUACCCUGACCAGUUAUGAAACCGGUUUCUUUCAGAGUGUGUUCUGCAGACAAAAAAGGAUUCGGUGUUUGUUUGAGUUCCAUCUUGUCCAGGACUGGUUUCCUCUCUGCUGUCAUCAUGGCAACAUCACUUAGGACUGUGUGGUCCAGCUUCUUUUGGAUGCGUUCAGUAGCAACCUGGAAGCAGGCCCUGCUGCAGAAUGGAGCUGUGGAUCGUGCUUGCCAUAAAUCCACAUUCUCAGUCCUCCCUGAAGACUACAAUUGCAAAGUGGAACUUGCAGUGACAUCAGAUUUGAAGACAAUUGUCUGCUACCACCCUUCGCUUGAGAUUCCAUACGAGCAUACAAAACCCAUACCACGGCCAGAUCCAGUGAAUAAUAAAGAAGAAACCCUUGACCAAGUUUUGAAAUCCAGACUGAAUGAAAAAGAGCUAAAGAACACUAGCGAUCCCACAAUUGAAGAGCUCAGCAAAAUGUUUUACACAACAAAACAUCGUUGGUAUCCUGUGGGACAGUAUCAUAGAAGACGCAAGAAUCCUAAUCCUCCCAAAGACAGAUAAUUAAGAUAACUUGUUGUUCAUCAGCACUUUUCUAUUAAUCUUUACUAGAAAUAAAAAUUACAGAAAGUAAGAUGUUUGGCAAUUCUGUGUGAGUACUAUAACUAAAAGAUGCUUAAGUAAACUUGACUGUUAUUUUCUACUUCAACUAGUUGACAGAAAAAUAACAAAACUGCCCAACUGGAACAAGGAUCCAGUGAAGGCUGUUACACAUGCAUGAUCAGUGAAUGUGCCAGUCUCAAGACUGGAUGUAGCAGGUGAUGGGAGUGCUCCAAUUGAACUUGAUCAGGGGCUUAUCGUUGGUAAACUGAAUGCAUAGAAGUCUUAUGUCAAAAUGGGAAGUCUAGAACAGGGCACGUUGGGGCCUGGUGUUAUUUGGGGGGAUAUUUUUUAUUUUUUUUUUAAGAAAUCCAGUAAUGGAAAUGCAGGUGAGCUUGAAUACUGAGGUAUUUAUGAAA